ACAAAAAAACUUUGGAUACCGUUUAAUACCCUCGGACACCAUUGGCGUGUUAAAUUUGUUUUCAUUUUCACGGCUUUUCCUGCGCAGACUCCGUCUGCGUCGCAGUUAGCAGAGCUGCCGCUGCCAGAGUCUCUGCCUCAAACGAAAUCACUCGACAGCCCGAUGAGACUUCAGUCAUUAUGCGGCUUUCAUGAGCAACGCAACGGCAAGGCACGGUACGGAACAGAACAUUACGCCACGUGGCUGAACUACGUAAAGAGCUGCGUAACGCGACACGUGUAUGUGAAACUAAAUAUAAAAUUCCAUUCGAAAAAAAAGUACACAUACAAUUAAACAGUACAUGGAAAUAGCAGGAAAGCGAAAACUUCGCAUCGAAAUGAACCACGUGCUGUGUCCGUCAUCUGUUUAUUGCCUUAUUCUGUGAGUUCUGUGAUUGUGCCCGACUGAAGCCUGAAAGCCUGAAGAAUGGCGGCGCCCACUUCAAUCAUGGAAAUCCUCGGAUGCCUGACCCUGCUGCUCCUCGUGCUGCUCGUCAGGAGCGGCUAUUGCAUAGACUGCUUCAAGUGCGUCUCGUAUAAUGGGGCCAACAAGGCGUGCGACGAUCCGUUCCACAACAACUACUCCACCGCCAUUCUGGAGUCGCCCUGCAUGGGUGGUCGCAAGGGCCGCGACGGCCUCUUUCCGGCCACGGCCUGCAUUAAGAUCGCCGGCUAUUAUGAUGACACCGGCGAAACGAUAACGGUGCGCGGCUGUGCCCUGGACAGCGGCACCCUCACCACAGACACCGAGUUAAUAAGAAUGUCGCACUGUGGAAAGUUCUACUACGAUAAUAGAUACGUGCAUGGGUGCCUUCAGAGCUGCAGCGAUGCGGAUGCCUGCAACACGGCCACGUCGCGACGGCAUCCAGCGAAGGCGGAGGCGCUAAUGCGGCAUCUGCUUAGCAUCGCGGUUUUGCUGCUGGCAGCUGCAAGGUAGCAAUAGAAGUAGCGCAUUGCAGGAACCAUAAGGAUGUGCGAGAUGGGUGCGAAACCCCCAUUAAAGUUGAGCAGAUAUUGAGCAGAAACGAAGUGAAAAAAAGCAUGCAAAAGCAUUUAAUAUAAUUCAGCUGCGAGUGGAAAUCGUUUUUUUUUCCUUUGGUUCGGCUAUGCCGAUGCCCCCCCACCCCCACUCACAUGCGCCCUAUACCCGAUGUCUCUGCCUGCAUGUCAUCCCUCCUCACUCUCAAAACUCUCUCAGUGUCUAGGAUUGCACCUUACAAUACUAAUGCACCAGAGCCACGAGCCACAGCAGCAACAAGCAGCAAGGAGAAGCCACAAGGACACCCGAACACCACACAGUCAGCACAGUGGCAAUGGAGCGUAUUUUUUAUGGAAUUCAUCAAGCAAUUAUGUGAUUUAUAAACGAAUACUCAACAACUAUCUAACAAUAAUUGAUGAACACGAAGCGGAGUGGAGUGCAGUCUCAAGCGAAACUUGAACUACAUAUGUAGUACAUAUAUGUAUAUGUAUUUAGGUGCGAGUAUAUGCUAAGCAUUCGAGAGUCAAAGAGUCGAAAAUCAAAGGCACAACUAAAUGCGAACUUAAUUCAAAUUCUAAUUGCAAUUAUUUUAAGCUUCUAAGCAAAAUGUAACUAGAUUUAAUGUCGCUGUCGCUGCUAAGUUUUCAAAAACAAAAAAUUCUGUGGGGGCAAACGCAAAGCAAAUGUUUUUUCGAUUUUUAAUGCGAUGCGUUAGAGUAUUUUUCGCCUCCCUAGACGACUAUUGUACAUACUUACAUACAUAUAUAUAUAUAUAUAGAGAAGCAAAUUGAAUUAUUUGUAACAAUGAACGCUGAAUUUUAGGCCAGAUUAUAGAUUAAACAAUUGUGUAUAAAUAAAUUAGUGGGCUAAAGUUGUAAGGAAAACUGCGAACCAGUGGAACGGAUGUAGAACUCGAUCCAAACUAAACAUUAUCAAUUUACCAAGAAACAGGGAAACUAUUUUUUCAUUCAAGUAGGUCACUUUUAUUCUCACGUCAUACUUUUCACCCAUUAAAGAAAAACAAGUGUAUGCCGGCGCUGCACACGCCUUAAAUCAAGCCAUAAAAGCCAGUCAUAAAUGACACAAAAACAUUCUUUAUAGGGUUAUCAAUGUAUGGUUAGACACCAAUCCGCUCAUAGUUACCGCUUUGCUAUGGCUAUCGCUGCCGGUCUGCCUUUUAUAUACACAUAUUGAGUCACCCCACACUCUAAAAAAAACCAACUACUUUUACCAACCAGAAGAUAAAUUGUUUCACAUAUCAGGCAUUAUUUAAAGAAUUUUCAAAAUAUUACUUUAGAAAGUCAAUCAUGCUGUCUUCAAUUUAUUUCUUUAUGGAAAUUGCCUCUACAUUUUAAUCACUUCAAAAAUUGAUAAUGAAGUACAUCAUAAAUCGGGCCUAAAAUAUAUAUGGGGAGUACCCAAAUGUAUAAUUAGAAAUGGUUUUAAAAACUACCGCAAUUG